CCCAUAAAAAUGUAAUUUGAAGAAGGUGAACAAAGAAAUGAGGGAGUAUAAAAUCCUCGUGCAAGACACUUCUCAGUCACUCACUGACUCAACUGCGUCUCGCUCAUACCCUCUGCCCGUUCUAAACCAGGGCCAAAGUGUUCUCUCCUUUCUGUGCUUACAACCGUUCAAACAGCGAGUCCUCUCCAAAUCAAAAAGAUGAUGCCGAUUUCUCGGGUGUUCUGUGGCGUCUUUGCGUUGCACCUCUUGCGCUGCAUUCAUUCGUUGCCAGUACCGGAGGGCAUCCCUAGCAACAGGUACAAAGCCACGGCGGGAUGGCCUCAAAACACCCACAACUAUGGCAUGAAAAAGAGGAGCAGGCUUGGCCAUGAUCAAGACACUUCUAAGGAACCCUUGCGCCCUUCGGGAGUUGUCUAUCCAGAUGUUGUGUUGCCUGGAAAUGGCUCAGGAUUGGUCUGGAACCGGCCUCGAUGUGGUGUCCCAGACUACCCUACCCAGAAGCAAGGUGGCAUCUCAGACCACCACGCACCAAAGGGGGCCACCUUUGAAGGAAAGCACCGGUCUAAGCGUUUUGUUCUCUUCGGUGGGCGUUGGGAUAAGACCGACCUCACCUACAAGAUCAUGCGUUUUCCCUGGCAGUUGAGUAAGGAUAAAGUGCGUCGUAUCUUACAGGAGGCUCUGCGCGUGUGGAGUGAUGUGACCCCACUAACGUUCACUGAGGUCAACAGUGGAAGAGCUGACAUCAUCAUUGAUUUCACCAGGUAUUGGCAUGGUGACAACCUUCCCUUCGAUGGCCCUGGAGGCAUUCUGGCCCACGCUUUUUUCCCCAGGACUCACAGAGCGGGUGACAUCCACUUUGACUAUGAUGAGCGUUGGACAGUGGGCAACAGCAUGGGCACGGACCUCCUGCAGGUGGCGGCUCACGAGUUUGGCCAUGUUCUCGGCCUCCAGCACUCCCUGGUCGAAGGAGCCAUCAUGUCCCCCUUCUACAGCUUCUCCUACCCGCUGGAGCUGAGUGAGGAUGACAAGCAGGGUAUCCAAUACCUGUAUGGGCCGCCGCUGAAAGCCCCGCCCGUCAUCACAGAGACCAAUGAGAUUGAAAUGACUGUGCCGGACCCCUGUAGGACCAGCUUUGACGCCGUGUCCAUGAUCAGGGGGGAGCUGUUCUUCUUCAAGUCCCGGUACGUGUGGCGAAUCCGUGACGGCCGUCUGCAGGCGGGGUACCCGGCGCUAGCAACGCGCCACUGGAGGGGGAUCCCCGACAACAUUGAUGCAGCCUACGAAGACAAGACUGGAAACAGCUGGUUCUUCCAAGGUGACAGAUACUGGGUGUUUGAUGCAGAGAGAAGGAUCACAGGGCCGGAUUCAGUGCAUCGGCUGGGCCUUCAUGUGUCGGACAUCCAGGCAGCUCUCAUGUGGGGCGAGGACAAGGCCCAGAAGACUUACCUCUUCAAGGCAGGCACUUACUGGCGCUUCAGCCCCCUGGAGAACCGAGUGGACACAGCCCACCCGCGCAGCAUGCAGGACUGGAGGGGCAUUCCCAUGGACAUCGAUGCUGCCUUCCAGGACCGAUAUGGCUAUGCUCAUUUCCUGAAUGGGAGGCGGUACUGGAAGUUCGACCCGGUGGAGGUGAAGGUUCUGGAAGGAUAUCCACGCUAUAUCGGCAUGGAUUUCUUUGGCUGCCCUGCUUCCUAUUAUCAGUAAUACCCACCUUAUUGCCAAAAGAGUUGAAUGGAAUAUCUAAGCCAACUUUAUUGGUUUGCUGAUAAGACUGAUGUCGCUCCAAUGGUAGUGUCAGUACACUGACAUUGUGUGACAUCAACAGGUUGACUGUAGCUAUUGGUCUUUUGGAAGUUAGGACCUGGAUGCUACUGGUUGAAACUCUGGCUGAAGACCAAUAGAAAUUGAGUCCACAAUCCAACAGAGACAUUUAGUUUGGUUCUAUCACCGUCCACAGUACGAUAAUUAAUGGUAUGAUCAGAACAUAGAGUUUCAGAGAUACGUGAAAGACUCAUGACCAGCUAACUCAAAAGACAGUUGGCAAAUGUUAUUUGUUUUUUUCCCUUUUGGAAGAAAUGCUGAUUGCAUCAAACAAGUUGUGGGAGGUUGUAUGUUUUUCUUAUUUCAGCCUUUGGAACAAUUAUUGACAUUUGCCUCUGGUAUUGGGUUCCAUAUGAAAAGGGACAUUUCAUUUGUUUUUAUGUAGCC